CCCUCCAGCUUUCACUGUUCGCUGCACAGCAUUAUCCGGCUUCCUUCCAGCUGAAUGCGGCUCACGCACGAGGAACCGCUGCAUGCUUUCGUUUCCUCUGCCAUUCUCAUUUCCUUCCCCUAAAUCCCAGCGCCGGCUCUCUCGUCUACAGGGGUUUGAACACGAGAAGGAGGAGCUGAAGAGCGAUGGAGAACGAGCCUCUGCCGACUCUCAGCCCGGCCGUGCCGCCGUUCGUGAUGCUGGGUUUGACAGUGGCGUACACGGUCUUCUACACACUGCUCUUUGCGUUCGUGUACGCGCAGCUGUGGCUGGUGCUGAGAUACAGACACAAACGCUUCAGCUACCAGACUGUGUUUCUGUUCUUGUGUCUGCUGUGGGCGGCUCUGCGUGCGCUCCUCUUCUCGUUUUAUUUCAGAAACUGUGUGACCGCAAACACACUGGGACCCUUCUCCUUCUGGCUGCUCUACUGUUUCCCCGUGUGCCUGCAGUUCUUCACCCUCAGCCUCAUGAAUCUGUACUUCGCACAGGUCAUUUUCAAGGCGAAGUCUAAAUAUUCACCAGAACUUCAGAAAUACAGGCUGCCGCUGUACCUGCUCUUCUUGUGCAUCAGCAUCAUCUUCUUGCUGGUGAACUUGACCUGCGCGCUGCUGGUGAAGAUGACGAAGACCGACACUGAGACUGUCGUUCUGGUGCGCGUGGCCAUCAAUGACACUCUGUUUGUCCUCUGUGCCGUCUCACUCUCUCUGUGUCUCUACAAGAUCGCCAAGAUGUCUUUGGCCAACAUCUACCUGGAGUCCAAGGGGUCAUCUGUGUGUCAGGUGACUGCGAUCGGAGUGACGGUGAUCCUGCUGUACUCGUCUCGGGCGUGCUACAACUUAGUGGUGCUGGCACUGACAAAAAUCAAGAGCAUCAACUCAUUCGACUACGACUGGUACAACGUAUCAGACCAAGCAGAUCUGAAGUCGACAUUGGGCGAUGCUGGUUACGUGGUUUUUGGGGUGAUCCUGUUUGUUUGGGAGCUGCUGCCCACAUCCCUGGUGGUCUACUUUUUCCGAGUCCGUAAGCCGACUCAGGAUCGGAGCGCAGCGGUGAUCCCUGGGCACAAGUUCUCAUCCAGAGCUUAUUUCUUUGACAACCCGCGCCGUUACGACAGCGAUGAUGACCUCGCAUGGAGUAUCAUCCCACAAAACAUUCAAGCCAGUGUUACGCCGGACAGCUAUGACUGGAGCUCCAGGAACAACAGUUUCACCGCAUUCGUCGAAGGCGAAGAGUCUCAUCUAUUACCAGAAGAGUAAAAUCCCUACUAGAACUUUCCCAAUGAGGAGUUUGAUUAUUUUGCACAUUCCCCAUCACUGUGGCAUCAGUCAUGGGUAAUUGUACAGACCGCAGAUCUUUUUUUACCUAUAUUUAUUAAGGUAUCUCUCAAUAUAAUCCCACAGCUGGCAUCUGGAAGCAAAACUACCAAUCAUUUUCUCUAUAAAGAAUUCAAUUCUUAUCAAUAACGUUCAGUUUUUAAGAGCGUCCUCGUCUGAGUAUGUUUCCGUAGAAGUAAAUAUGAUUUCAAAAACAAUACCCAUAAUUCUGAGAGAUCCCAGUUACAAUGGAAACACUUCCGCCCACUCCCAUGAUGCAUUGCUAAUUAAUUAAUCAAGUCGGCCUCUCUACAUUCCACAUACUAAUACUUAUAAAUUUAAAUAUUUGUAUUGUAUUAAAUAUUUGUUUUUAAUAUUUAAAAUAUUUUUAUUUAAAUAUAAACCUAAAAUGUCUUAUAAUCAGUGACUGUAAGUCAAUAGUUUUAUAUUGUACAGUGUUUUUGCUUUGAUUAUUUGCAAUGCCUUAUGGGAAAUGUAGUUCAUUGCCUCAAAGAAAUUAAUCACAAAUCCUUCUUAUUUUCAUCCUAUAGAGAAAAUGAAUGGUAAAAAUACUUCCACGAUCAAUGCUGGUCAAAAAACAUUAGUGUUCAUUUUUGCGUUCUAUUUUCCACAGUCAAUUAUAUACAGAAUAUAUAAAUUAAAUUAAUAUGUUAUGUAUACUACUAGAUAAGUAUACAAACAUUCUGCUCUUUUUGUAUUGCUGCUUUAUAAACAAAAUCAGCAUCUUCAUUUCCGUUCUAUUCGGAUAUGCGACACGAACCUGUUUAAUAAAACUUGGCCUGGACUGUGAAACUAUAUUGAUACUCUCCUGUGGAAAAAAAAUCUAUUUUUUGGAGAUACACAUUUUUCUAUAGACAACUGCAUUAACAGAAUUAUAAUUUUAUGAAGACAAUAAAAAAGUAUUUAUUUUGAAAUGUUCAGAAUUAGUGGUUGGAUUGUUGUCCAUUGUUUUUAUAAAUGCAUUUUUAGUGUUUGAUUGUACAGUUUGUAUCUUUGUUAGCUUUUGCACUCGUGUCACUUUGUCUGAAUUUGUUUUCUACAUUAAUAAAAGAGAAAUUAUCAAAA